CAGCAGUCCUGUAGUCAAGAUUAAACAGCUAUAAAAGCAAGCUCUUAUUCAUUUCGUAAUCAUACCACAUCAGUCUUUACAACUGUCAAGAUUCUAAAAACCAGCAAUCAUGAAGUGCAUCGCAGCUGUAGUCAUGAUGGCCCUGGCCUUCGCCGCCGCCGAAGCAUCCUGGAGUCCGUUGGCAUAUUCUGCAUACUCCGCAUCCCCACUGGCCUACACUGUGCCCCAAGCCACCAUCGUUCAGCAAAACCUGGGACUUCCUCUGGCGUACUCUGCCUACGGUCCAGCCAUCAGCUAUGCCGCUCAAACGUCGGUUGUCCCAACUGCUUACGCCUACCAACCGGCGGUUGCCGUUGUCGCUCAAAAGGAAGCUCGCUAUCUGGCUGCCAACCGAGGUGCCGUUCACGAUGCUCCCCUGCCUGGACACGCAGUUUCCCAGAAAUCGCUGAACCUGGAACCGGCACCAGGAACUUGGUAAAAUUUGAGCUGCGCAACAUUUUAUGAAGUAUGCUUUGCGAUGAGAGAUAAUAUAUUUUUGACAUUUUAAACCCGUGAAUGUUUGGAUCUUUUUAUCUUUAUUUCCCACAAAUUUGAUGCCUUAUAAACAGUACGAUAAUUAAUCCUC